AUGUCUAAACGAUCCUUUGCGGAUUUCUCUGCUGGAGGUCCAGAGUCGCUCUCGCAGAUCAUCGAGCAUGCUGAUGCGCUGCUGAAGGCCGCAAACGCUCUGAAGCAAGACCUCGAAGGACUUCGCGGUGAUCGUGAGCCGGACGACAAGGUUCUCGCAGUCCUUUCACGCCACAACAAGGGAAUCCUGAAUGGCACCCAAGCACUUGUCGAAGACGAGACAAAGGCCUACAGCCAAGAAACCUCUGGAUCCCAUAAGAGCCAGAAGCUGGAGGAUGCCCACUCGUCUGCAAACAAGCUACCUGCGGCGCUGCCUGUGCCUCCUCCAGCAGCUCUCACGGCAUGGACACUUGAGGACAUAACGAAAACCAACCUGCCACCGCUACCACCAGUUCUGAACCCGACCCUGGAGAAGGCAGCCCUUACUCACUCAGGAAUGGUCGCACAGCGUGGUGAUAUGCACUAUGAACGCCUCGAAUGGAUUGGAGAUGCCUACCUGUACCUCAUGUCCUCGGCAUACAUCAGCCAAACCUUUCCCAAUCUGACCCCAGGUCGGUCUUCUCAGCUCCGAGAGAGGCUCGUCAAGAAUGAGACGCUGUCCGAGUUUACAGUGCAGUACGGCAUAAACCAGCGAACGAGCUUUCCUGCCGAGUUUGACCUCAAAGGCCGAAUCGGCGGAUCCCAAGCGUCCGAGAAGCAAAAGAGAAAGGUCCUAGGUGAUGUCUUUGAGGCAUAUGUUGCAGCCGCGAUUCUAGGCGAUGCGGCUGGUCUGGCACGCGUUGCGGCUUGGCUAAAAGCUCUUUGGAGCAAAACACUCGAGGAUGAGAUCCGACGCGAGCAUAGACCUCGGCCAACGUUCAGUCAUGUGCCAGGGCUUGAGGACAACGGCGAUACCCUGAACAACGGUCAAGGAGUGCCCCCUAAGGUUCUUCUGACCCGGGCUAUUGGCACUAAAGGAGUCAAGAUCUCGUAUAGGGACAUAGGAGAGCCGAAGAAGGAGAAGAACUCGGGGCUCCCUUGGUACACGGUCGGCGCGUAUUACGAUGGGCUGGGCGAGACCGAUGUUUUGCUGGGCUUCGGAAGCGCUUUGUCGAAGAAGGAAGCGGGUGCAAACGCAGCGGAAAACGCACUGGGGAACAAGAAGACGAUGAAGAGGCUGGUGAAGAAGAAGGAGGACUUCGUUGGCAUGUCGGUGUAA